CCGAGUAUUAAGCUCCACCUUGACCAGGCCCCCGUCACUCCUCCUUCUUCCCAUUCCCCGUCGAGCCCCCGUCUGUCCGCUCCGCGACGCCGCGAUCCCUUCGACGCCUCCGAUCUCCAGCCUCCGACGAGAUGGCCGAGAUUGAGAUUAAAACAGCACCUGCUGACUUCCGCUUCCCUACAACAAACCAAACUAGGCACUGUUUUACUCGCUAUGUUGAGUUCCACAGGUGUGUGAGUGCCAAGGGGGAUGAAGCUGCUGAAUGUGAGAAAUUUGCCAAGUACUACCGAUCUCUUUGCCCAGCUGAAUGGGUUGACAGGUGGAACGAGCAGAGGGAGAACGGGACAUUUGCAGGGCCCCUCUAAAUCAUCUGUUUGAGAGUCUCCUCAAUUGCUUUCGUGUCAGCGCUACUGCUGUCUUGUGGUUGGAAUUUAUGCUCCUGUCAUGUACUCUCUCCCAGCAAUCGCUGCAGAACAGCAAGUGAUGCUUUUCUCUAUGUUGCACAAAUAAUUCAGCAUGCUUAUGUAUUCUGUCAUUGAGGACAUGCAUUUUCACAUUUGUUAAAUGAAUUACAUUCUGAAAUGAGGUUAAUUUCAUUGCCCAUUGCUUGACUCUAA